AUGGGUCUCGCCUCUGCCAUGAAACAGCGCAAUGACGCCCUCGCCACCGGCGGAGGCGGCUUCGCCUCGCCAACUGGUCCUCCCCCAGGAGCUGGAGCCUACGCGAGCCCGACAGGCCCGCCUCCUGGCGCGCAGGCCGGGUUCGCGGCGCCGACCGGCGCUCCUCCUGGCGCGCAAGGCGGGUUCGCGGCGCCCACCGGCGCUCCUCCUGGCGCGCAGGGCGGGUUCGCGGCGCCCACCGGCCCUCCUCCGGGACAUCCAGCUGGAGGCUUUGUGUCGCCAGCAGGUCCGCCUCAGGCGUACCAGGCUCCAGCGCCCGUGAAUACCGAGCCGAGCCUCGCGCAGAUCAUGAACGUCCUGAAGUACACUGUCGCUGACCAGGGUAUUCAGCCCUUCUAUCCCGCAACGCAGCAGGGGCGUCUCGAGGGAAUUGCCAACCACAUUAUCCAGACUCGCGCCGUUUCGACUCUUGCCGCCCGCUGGCGUAUCCCGGUCGAGAAGGCGCUCGAGUUUACCAAACUCGCGCUAUUUGACAUUGUGCUCUUCCUCGACGACUCAGGGUCGAUGCGUGGGUACGAGGACGGCGCGCGUAUCGAGGACCUCAAGGUCAUUGUCAACUACGUUGCGUUUGUCGCGAGCCUCUUUGAUGCGGACGGAAUCGAGGUCCGCUUCCUCAACGCGUCUACGAUCGCUAGUGGCGUCAAGAACGAGGCCGAUGUCCAGAAGCUCAUCGACGCCAACCCCUUCAAGGGCGUCACCAACCUUGGCAAGGAGAUGUGGAGCAAGGUGCUCGACCCCUUGAUCGUGCGCCCUGCGCAGAAGGGCACGCUCCAGAAGCCUGUACUCGUCAUCUCGAUCACGGACGGUGAGCCGUACCCGGAGCCGGCGGGCAAGAUCCGCGAGGUUAUCAAGGACACAAAGAAGGCGCUCAAGAAGUCACGUUACGGCGAGGACGCACUGUCGCUCCAGUUUGCGCAGGUCGGCAACGACAAGGCCGCACAGGACUUCCUCGAGAAGCUCGACAACGACAGCUCGAUCGGUGGCCUCGUCGACGUCACGUCCAACUAUGAGUGGGAGCAGGCCGAGAUCAAGCGCAAGACUGGCAAGGACCUCUCGCCCGAGGACUGGCUGCUGAAGCUCCUCUUAGGCGCUGUUGAUACCAAGUUUGAUGCUCAGGAUGGCGCGCCCAUCAAGAAGGCGGGCAAGUUUAAGAAGUUCUUUUCGUAG